AUGGCAGAAGGCGACCCUUCGCGGCGACGCAGCUCGUCAAGAGCUCCCAACGGAAAUGGACCGGGGUUAUAUCGGCUUCAGUCGAAUCAGAGCACCUCGAGCAUCUUCGAAGAUGUAGAGAUGGCACAGGAUGAACUGUAUUCAGGACCAGUCGCUGAGAGUCUUCCCUCGAGUGUGUCGGCCUUCAACCACCGUCGUCGCCGCGCUGAUUCCACUGCAAGCUUCACGUUCUACGAUGAGGACGAGGAUAUAGAGCCGCAGAUCGAACCUGAACAAUUGACCGACCAUGACGACUAUCUUCGCCGUAGUAUCAGCGACAUUGGCGAUCUGGAAUUCGGGGUUGUGGAAGAGGACGAGGAUGACGAUUCUGCCGAUCGAGAAUUUGAAUCCUCCCGCGACGACUACCGCCUCCGCCGCUCAUCAACGCUCUCACGGACUUCGAUACGUGCCCAGCUUUUGCGCCAUGAUAGCGCCGUAACAACUGGCAGUGCGUACGCCCCUGGACGGACAAGUCAGAAGCUAUACAUGAAGAACGAGGAUCUGACGAUUGCGAUAACCGGUUUCCGAACAAGCGCGACGGGGCAUGCUCUGUACCUUGCCCUCUGCUUCCUCACUUGCGGGAUUGGAUAUCUGGUUCUUCGAUGGUUGCCACGAUGGUAUGUUGCCUUGGUUGGCCAGACUUGCGCGUUGAGAGAUUGCCAAUGGGUCGUUAUCGAAAAUGAAUGGUCUGAAAUGGCUAUUCUUGAUGUACGAUCUGUGUACUACGGACGCCCACUUUCGUCUGUCUUCGGAAUGUCCGAAAAGAUGUUCUCAGAUGGGUUUGACGAUGAAACUGACCCUAUCAUCGAUGACUUGCGAACCCUCGAUUAUCGUUAUGUACGAUUAUGCUUUCAUCCCGUCGAGGACAAGUUUGUCCUUUCGAGUGGAUGGAAAGAUCCCGAAUGGACUGAUGUCCGAGUCUUGCGCUCUGGUCUGGAUACCGACGAGAAGGGCAUUCGUGAAGUCCUCUUUGGCAACAAUCUCAUUGACAUUGAACAAAAGCCGAUGAGCCAACUCCUCAUUGACGAAGUUCUCCAUCCAUUCUACAUUUUCCAGAUCGCCAGUCUCAUUUUGUGGUCUCUUGACACGUACUAUUACUAUGCUGGGUGUAUCUUCUUCAUAUCCGUCGGUAGUAUUACAUCGACUUUGCUUGAAACGCGUGCCACCAUGAAGAGGCUACGUGAGAUAUCCCGUUUUGAGUGCGACGUGAGAGUUCUUCGAAAUGGUUUCUGGCGAUUCGUAGGCUCCAGCGAUCUUGUACCCGGCGAUAUUUAUGAAGUCAGCGAUCCAAAUCUCUCACAGUUUCCCAGUGACAGUCUACUCCUUAGUGGCGAUUGCAUUGUGAACGAAAGCAUGUUGACAGGCGAAUCUGUACCGGUGUCAAAGAUCCCAGCAACAGACGAAUCUCUGUUGAAAAUGGAUUUGGGGGCCUCUUCUGUAUCUCCAGAGACAGCCCGCCACUUUCUCUUCUGCGGCACUAAGAUUAUCCGCACACGUCGGCCUCAGGAGGACCAGGAUGGAGACGCCGUUGCCCUUGCUCUUGUUGUCAGAACAGGCUUCAACACUACAAAGGGCGCUUUGGUCCGAUCCAUGUUGUUCCCCAAGCCUUCAGGGUUCAAAUUCUAUCGCGACUCUUUCCGAUACAUCGGCGUCAUGGCAGUCGUCGCCAUCCUGGGAUUCAUCGCUUCCCUGAUUAACUUUGUGAGACUCGGAGUCGAGUGGCACUUGAUCAUUGUCCGGGCCCUAGAUCUCAUUACCAUCGUUGUACCUCCCGCUCUACCGGCCACUCUGACGAUCGGCACAGGAUUUGCAAUCAGCCGACUCAAAGGCAAGCAAAUAUUCUGUAUCAGUCCUCAGCGUGUCAAUGUCGGUGGUAAGCUGGACAUUAUGUGUUUUGACAAAACAGGAACCUUGACGGAAGAUGGUUUGGAUGUUCUUGGUGUCCGUGUUGUUCACCAGUCCUCGCACACUUUCAGCGAGGUCAUCUCAGACACCUACGAGCUUGGUAAUACCCGGAACGGGGCAAGCCAGGAUACCACGCUGCGUGCAGUACUGCAUACCAUGGCCACAUGUCACUCGCUAAGAUCAGUUGAUGGGGAGCUCGUUGGCGACCCUCUGGACCAGAAAAUGUUCGAAUUUACGCAUUGGAAUUUUGAAGAAGGGAAGCAGAGUGUCGGUGAUGCUGAAGACGAGGAGCCGGGCGGCCUCUCACCUUCUAUCUCUAAACCUCCGGAUAACUCGUUCGAGCUCGGAGUUCUAAAGUCUUUCGAGUUCGUAUCCCAGCUUAGGCGAGCCAGCGUGAUUGUGCGCCAGUUUGGGGAUAAGAGCGGUGAUAUCUAUGUGAAAGGUGCCCCUGAAGCAAUGCGUGAGAUCUGCCGACCCGAGAGCUUCCCGCAUGAUUAUGAGGAGCGCCUUGCAUUCUAUACUCAUAAAGGAUACCGUGUCAUUGGAUGUGCGACAAAGCAUCUGAAGAAGCUCAGCUGGGUUAAAGCCCAAAAGAUGGCCAGAACGGACGUCGAAAGUGACCUGGAGUUUGCAGGUUUCAUCAUCUUUGAAAACAAGCUGAAACCCACCACAGCGGAUGUCAUCAAGGAACUCCUCAUUUCCAACAUUGAGACCGUCAUGGUCACUGGCGAUAAUAUUCUAACGGCAAUCAGUGUGGCACGUGAAUGCUCAAUGAUUGACCGAAGUGCUCAUUGCUUUGUUCCUCGAUUUAUAGCUGGUGAUUUUCGCGACCCCAAGGCUGAGUUGCGUUGGGAAAGUAUCGACAACUCGGCCUACUGCCUUGAUAACGCCACCUUGACUCCAUUGCCCGCCCCCCCAGAGGAUGAUGCAUCCCUACCCUACGAUAUUAUAAAUCUUAGAAACUAUUCGCUUGCGGUUAGCGGAGAUGUCUUCCGAUGGAUGGUAGAUUAUGCGUCUCCCUCGCUUCUAUGUCGGAUGCUCGUCAAGGGCAAGGUGUUCGCAAGGAUGUCUCCUGACGAGAAACACGAACUGAUCGAAAAAUUCCAGAGCAUUGACUACACCUGCGGCUUCUGUGGAGACGGUGCCAAUGACUGCGGUGCCCUGAAGGCGGCGGAUGUUGGAAUUUCACUUUCAGAGGCCGAGGCUUCUGUAGCAGCCCCAUUCACGUCUCGCGUAUUCGACAUCCGCUGCGUUCUCGAAGUCAUCAAGGAGGGUCGCGCAGCGCUUGUGACAAGUUUCAGCUGCUUCAAGUAUAUGAGUCUGUACUCGGCUAUCCAGUUCACCUCGGUGAGCUUCCUAUAUGCCAAGGCAUCGAAUCUGGGAGAUUUCCAGUUUCUCUUCAUCGACUUGCUGCUCAUUGUCCCACUGGCCAUCUUCAUGGGAUGGUCAGGUCCGGCGCCUACUCUUCAUAGGAAGAGGCCUACAGCGGAUCUCGUCUCUCGCAAAGUCCUCACUCCUCUGCUUGGUAUGAUGGCCAUCUGCAUUUCCAUUCAGGCGAUUGCAUACGUGUGCGUCAAGACACAAUCCUGGUAUAUUCCUCCGAAGCUCAAGCACAACAAGUCCAACAUCAAGAACUCGGAAAAUACGGUCUUGUUCUUGACCUCUUGCUUUGAGUAUAUCUUCUCGGCUGUGGUUCUUAAUGCUGGCCCUCCAUUCCGAGAGCGUACUGCCAAAAAUUGGCCUUUCAUUGCAAUGGUUACAUGUGCACUUCUUGUAGCAGUAUACAUGAUACUUGCACCUGCACACUGGGUUUCAAAAACGAUGCAGCUAACACCCAUGAGCGUGAGCUUUGAGAUGUUCCUUAUCGCUCUGGGAGUAUUGUUUUGGCUGCUGGCUUGGGCGUAUGAGAAAUUCAUAUCCCUGCGUCUGGCGCGAAAGAUUGGGCACUUGCAACAAAAAGCUACAGGGAGUUUGAAGAAGCGCAAGAAGUAUAAAGAUAUCGCAGAUGCAAUGGCAACAUAG